GCCCGCCGGAUCCGGGCUCCAGGAGCGUGCCGCCGGGCAGGAUGGGCCGGAGCGCCGAGCUGGUCUAGAGCCGGAGCAGGCGCAGGGGUGCCCCGCGGAGGGCGCCCCCCGCAGAGCCCGCGCGCGCUCGCCGCCUUCUCCCGCGGGCUGGCCGGCGCCGGGCCCGCGCUCCCGCCAACGGCCCCCGCAGCCCGGCCUCCCGUCCAAUGUUGCAGAAGUCACGCCCGGCGCUGCUGCAGCCUCAGGAUGUCGGGGACAAGGUGGAGACGCUUAUGCUGCAUCCGGUGAUCAAGGCUUUCCUGUGUGGCUCCAUCAGUGGGACCUGCUCCACACUCCUUUUCCAACCCCUGGAUCUCCUCAAAACACGCCUGCAGACUCUCCAGCCCUCAGCCCAUGGAUCCGGACGCAUUGGGAUGCUGGCUCUGCUCUUGAAGGUGGUUCGCACGGAGAGUAUUCUGGGCCUUUGGAAAGGAAUAUCCCCUUCCAUUGUGAGGUGUGUCCCUGGAAUUGGCAUCUACUUCGGCACUCUCUACUCCUUGAAGCAGUACUUCCUGCGAGGCCAUCCCCCCACCGCCCUGGAGUCCGUCAUCCUGGGAGUGGGCUCUCGCUCAGUUGCAGGGGUCUGCAUGUCACCCAUCACUGUGAUCAAGACACGUUACGAGAGUGGGAGGUAUGGUUAUGAGAGCAUCUAUACGGCCCUGAGGAGCAUCUAUCGCAGUGAGGGGCACCGGGGACUCUUCAGUGGCCUGACAGCAACACUCCUUCGUGACGCACCCUUUUCUGGAAUCUACCUGAUGUUCUACAACCAGACCAAAAAUAUCAUGACCCAUGACCAGUUGGAUGCAAACCUUAUCCCUGUGGUAAAUUUCAGCUGUGGGAUCUUUGCUGGCAUUCUGGCCUCCCUGGUAACUCAACCUGCGGAUGUUAUCAAAACUCAUAUGCAGCUCUCCCCAAUGAAAUUUCGGUGGAUUGGCCAGGCAAUGACACUCAUUUUCAAAGAUUAUGGGCUGCGUGGCUUCUUCCAAGGUGGCGUCCCCCGGGCCCUCCGCAGAGCUCUGAUGGCAGCGAUGGCAUGGACCGUGUAUGAGGAGAUGAUGGCCAAGAUGGGACUGAAGUCCUGAUCAAGAGGGACCAGGCAAAGAUGGGCUCUGUUGCCCUGCCUGGCUCUUGCCAAGGGCUGCUUCAUCUCACUGUCCUAGAGUAAGAUGAAGUCCUAUCUGGAAAGCCAGGCUGAUGUAUCCCCUUCAUUCCCCAGUUUGAGUAGGGAAGAGAUGGGCCUGACUCAAGCCUUCAGAAUCUCCCCAAAGUGGAGUUACUGCCACAUACAGCACACUGGGAAGUUAGAAGGGUUUGCACAUCCUGCCAGGCUACUCGAUAAGGCAUUUCUGGAAAGAGCUCUUUCAGGUGGCUCUGCCUCAGCCACCCACCUACACCAGGCUGCCUGUUUGGAUCUGUUCUUGCACAAGGCUUCACACAGCCAGAGAAGCUGCAGCUGAAGAGCUCCAGUGGCGGAAGCCGGGUUGGUGGAGAGAGAGGGUCCUUGUCACCAGGCUUUAGUGUGUCUGGGAUGCUGAUAGGAUGAGAAAGAAGAGAUGUCAUUACUUAAUUGGUUACUAAUCACCUCAGAGGCUCUGAAGAAGUGGGGACAGUGGCUUCUUAGCCUGUAAGUGUCCAGAUGACAUUCUUUUUGGUUUUGGCCUCUGCACUGUUUCAAUUACAAGUUGUUCUGGCAUUUUUCUGCAGCUAAAGUUCGCAUAAGUAAAGUGGAGCACUUUAUCAUUGAAAACUGGAAAACCUAGUGUCUGUACUGUGUUUUAAAAUAACCCAAUAGUCUAAGGGGGCUGGCUCUUAACCUGUAUAGGUCCUAAAAAUCUAAACAUUUUUUUUAAACAGCUUUAUUUCACACAUUGUACAAUUCACUCAUUUCAAAUAAGCCAUUCAGUGAUUGUUAGUAUUCAUCACUAUGAAUCCAUUUUAGAACACAUUCAUCCCCCAGUAAGAUCUCAGAUUUAUAAUUAAUCCUCAUUCUGAGCCCCAGCCCCCAACCACCAUUGAUCUGUUUUCUUCCAUAAUUUGCCUUUACUGGACAAUUCGUAUAAAUGUAGUCCUACAAUUUGUAACCUCUUGCAUCUGGCUUCUUUCAUAUGGCAUCAUGUUUUUGAGGUUUAUCCGUGUAGCAUGUUUAACACUGUCCUUUUAUUUGUUUAUGGCCAAAUAAUACAGUAUGCCUGUAUGAGAUUUUAUUUUUCCAUUCAUGAGUUGAUGAUUAUUUGAAUUAUUUCCACUCGGGGCUCUUAUGAAAAAUGCCACAAUGAACAUUUAUGUACAAGU